UGUUGCUUUCCAUGUGGGACAGACACAUCAUGCUUGAGCAAUGUAUUGUUUUCCUUGUUUGAAGGAAAAAUAUCCAUAUGUUUCUGUCUACCUCCAGCUUGCAGGUACAAAAGUAGGGGAAGUUAUCAGGCAAAAAAAAAGGCCUGAAAAAACCUCCGGGUGAAGAUGGGGUUAACUUCUUACAUAUGGAAUGCAGCGCCUUUUGUGGCAAUGAUAACAGUGGAGUGUACGGAUGUGGGUCUUUCAGUUAUCAGUAAAGCAGCUUUGACGAAAGGAAUGAGCAACAUCGUUUCAGUUGUCUACUACAACGCUCUUGGUACUUUCAUCCUUCUCCCAUGCUUCAUCUUUUGCAGAAAUAAGCAAGCUCCUCUGACUUUCUCACUGCUUUGGAGAUUCUUUCUCCUAGGCUUUAUAGGAAGCUCAGGACAGAUUAUAUAUCUUGCUGGAGUCAAUUACAGCUCUCCUACUCUCUCAUCCGCUUUAGUAAAUCUUAUCCCCAUUUUCACUUUCCUGUUUGCAGUCAUAUUCAGGAUGGAAAAGCUAGAAUUAAGAAGAUCAAGCAGUCAAGCAAAAGCCUUGGGUGCUGUUGUAGCUGUAACAGGAGCAUUUGUAGUGACUCUCUAUAAGGGUCCUCCAGUUCUGAUAACUUCAUCUCCUUCAAACUUUCCUCAGCACCUUCUUCACUCAGAGCAAUCUAGGUGGAUUCUUGGAGGCUUUCUUAUUUUAUUGGUUUGCCUUUCAUCUGCAACAUGGAAUGUUUUUCAGGCAGCCACCGUUAAGGAGUAUCCAGAUAAAAUGACGAUAGUCUUCUUCUUUACGUUCUUUACAGCUAUCCAAUCUUUGGUUUUCUCUCUAAUUUUGGAAAGAAAUCCAACUGCAUGGAAAUUGAAGUCUACUGUUGAAGUCGCUGCCAUUGUCUGCACGGCCAUAUUUGGGAGUUUAUACCGUAUUGCUAUCCAUACAUGGUGCUUACAGAAGAAGGGACCAGUGUAUGUUGCCAUGUUCAAGCCCUUGGGAAUUGUUGUUGCAGUAAUCCUGACAUUCAUAUUUCUUGGUGAUACUCUUUAUCUGGGCAGUGUGGUUGGAUCUGGAGUUAUUGCACUUGGAUUCUAUACUGUGAUGUGGGGACAAGCCAAAGAGAAGAACAUAGUCUUGGAAAAUGAUGUUUCUCACCUGGAAUCAUCCGGCCAAAAGGCCCCUCUUAUUCAGAGCCGUUGAAUCAUGUAACAAAAUUUGUCUAUCUUGCUGGGGGAAACAUGUGAGUGUCAUUUUAUCUACCCUUGCACCCGUAGAAGCAGUUCUGAUUUUCACAUCUUGUACCACGGUAGUAGUAGUAGUUGGUAGGACUGUUUUGUUACUCUUUCCUGAAAAUUUCAUUGAAGCAUGUUCUAAAAAUCCUUCAGUUUCGCAAGUUCUGCUAAAGUUCUUGCUUCCAUUGGAGCAUGUUGGAAGUAUCCUUCUUGCCGUUUCUAAGCUCCCACAUUUCCCAUACUAUCAAUCAAAGCAUUAGCUACUAAACAAUCAUAUUACCAAUACCAUUUCUAUAAACAUAACCAUGGAUUGAUUUACCAUCCAUGUUAAGUUUAACUUUCUUACUGUCAUAUUAAAUUUAUGCGAGUUAUUAUGGAAAUUGCAAUUCACUGAAUGAAAUCACUUUUUCUGGAGAGAGAAUGUGGAAUUGUGAAUCUCUUACUGUAUGAAGGAGAAUUAUAUCUGUGGGUCAUGGUCACAUUAGCAUAAAAUCAAUAUCAAUACUGAAUCAGAUAUAUUAAUAUCUAUGCUAUAUACUAACUCCAAAACUGAAAAAUAUUGAAUCAGACAAUAAAUCAUUCAUAACAAUUGGGUAUUAUCUCGGUUUUGCUUAG